AUGGCUCCCCCAACUCCAGUAUAUUCAAAAUCAGAUAUAUUUUCAAGAUAUAAUGACGUACUCGCAAAUCCUGAGAAAUAUCAAUGUCAUUUAAAAUCGAUAACACAGCAUGAAUGUACAUUUAAAGUAUCCCACGACAGACUGCAUCCCCCAGAGAUAAUUUGCUUGCCAUUCAAACGAAUAUUCCAAAGAUGCUUAUAUCCGGCUAUAAUAAAGGAAAAUGGAAAGAAAAAGAGAGUCGAGAAGUGGACAAAUAUUGAGAUCACUGAUCAGAAUUCUAAUAGAGAUUUGAUGGUAGUCCUGAAAUACGGUAAGGAUGUGAAAGACUUUUUGAAUGCUGAUAAGGAAUUGAAGCGACUUAUGGAGUCAGAAAUGAAUGAAAAUUCGUAA